AUAGCAUGAUCGAGGCCGGUCGACGAGAUCUCGAAAAUACGAGCCGAAGCCACAGCUGGAAUACAGGCGCCUAGCCUUGCUAUAGACCUGCAAGCUCGCAGAACAUGUCCACUCUGGCACCGAUCUUCUUCGGUAGCGUCUUCACACUUACAGGUGGCGUUGAUCUUAUGGAAGACGUAUAUAUGCAGAUCCAUUGCUAUGCGAAUGAGAUAAACCAAGCCGAGUACUCUUCAUCCGCAAUACAAUUCAACCAUGCAGUAUCAGUUCUUCGCCGUACUGGCGGUCUUGGCUCAGUUCCCUGAUGUCCUAGGAAAAACCAUAGUCCCCAAGAAAGCAGGCCUGAGUGGCUACCCUGGCAUUCAAAGCACGCAGAGUUUCAAAGACCUUUCUCGCUACAUUGGCUGGUAUUCCGAUUACAAUCCCGACACACCCAACGUUGGCAGAGUCCAAGGCGUGCCUAUGCUUUGGGGAGGCCCAGGCUCAAACUGCGAUGCCUCCGCACAACGAGUACAGACCUUUCAAGCGACCGUAGCCAAAUCUACUCCCAGGCUAAUGCUUGGUUUCUACGAACCCGACUGCAGUUGCCCCUACUCCUCCGAAAUGACAGUCCAAGCCGCAGCGACCAACUGGAACAACCUCCUCGCUCCCCUGGCCAAAAAGGGCACAGUCCUCGGCUCCCCAAGCAUGUGCAAACAAAAAGACGAAGACUUCCUCACUCCGUUCCAAGCUCAAAUCACGCGGUCCUGGAACCUCACAUCCAUCCACAUCAACAAACCCGACCUCGCCGGCGUCAAAGCCGAUGUGGAAUACUAUCGCAAAAAAUACGGGAAACCUAUCUUCGUGUCUGAAUUCGCUUGUGUGUACGACCAAGGAGGGUUUACCCCUUGUACUGAUCAGAGGGCGAUCAACAAUUUUGUCAAGAGUACUGUGAAGUAUCUGCAAAGUCAGAGUGAUGUUGUCGGAUAUGGACCGAGUAAUGGAGCGGGGUUGGGGAGUGUUUGGCCGCUGACGAAGAGUGAUGGGACGUUGUCGAGGACGGGGAAGACUUAUUUGAAUGCUAUUAAGGCGUUGUAA